AUGGGCAGCCGGCCCCGCAGUCCCAGCGCCUGCCUUGCGCCCUGGUGGGGACAGCAGCCAGGAGGACCAGGCCCUGCCAAGCGCAGCCGAUUGGAGGAGCCCGCGGGCCCCGAACCCCGCGCGGCACCCAGCCCGGAAGACCCGGCGGGGAUCCCAGCUGUGGACGCGCUCACCUCCGUGGUGGUCCUGGCCGCGGGCUGUGCCCUGCGUGUGCCCCUGGACGACGUCGACCUGGUGCUGGAGCUCGCGCCAAUGUCGGUCCUGCGAGUGUCUCUUGGUGGACACACCCUCAUCCUGAUCCCGGAGGUCCUCCUAAGCUCCGUCGACGAACGCUCAGGAGCGCAGGGCGACUCGUCUGCCGACCUGGAAGUGGACGUUUUCCUGGGCGCUCACGGGGAAGACGUCGUCGUCCAGCAGGAAGUCUUCUGCGCGUCUGUCCCAGAGAUCGCUGCCCAGGAAGAGGCCUACGAGGAGGACGCGGACUCUGAAUUCCCGGAGCUCUGCAUGGACUCCGCAUCCGGCUCAGCCGCUGGGCUCUACCCCUCCGCUAGAAGUAUGUUCAGCCCCUACCGGGAGGGCCCCAUCCCAGGGCCCUGUGCUCUGGCCUCCAACCCCAGUUCAGAGAGACGCUCUCCAAGCCCCAUCUUCGACCCGGAAUUCCACCUUCUGGAGCCUGUCCCCAGCUCACCUCUCCAACCUCUACCUCCCUCUCCAAGUCCAGGUCCCCAUGCGCGCCCGGAGCUCCCAGAGCGCCCUCCGUGCAAGGCCCGGAGGCGCCUGUUCCAGGAAUGA